GCCAGCCAGCCAGCCAAGACGCGCGCCCUCUCUCCGGUCAGAUCCGCUGCCCAGAGGCUAGAAGACGCCAAUUAGAUAAGAUAGAGCGAGUUAUGCGCACUUACUGAACUUCAUCUGUUUUGUUUUUCUCUUCUUGAAUCCCCCCUUGUCCUCUGUCACGAUUCCACCCCAGAGCCGCUCCACGGGUUUUUUAUCGUCCAUUGGUCCCCGAACGGCGCGGAGGAAGUGGUCCGUGGUCUUUCUGGUGACCGUCGUCGCGAUGGUUUUGUUAGUUCUAGCCAUUGCUGUCCCGUUACUACUGAUCCGCACCUCUAAAACCACCGCUCAUUACUAUGAGAUGAUGGGUACCUGCCGGAUGGUUUGCGACCCGUACAGCCCCAAACCGGGAGGCGCCACUGCCAUGGAGGUGAUCCAGAACAUGAACGGGGUGGCUCCGCUGCCGCCGAUGGCGCAAGGGAGCCGGGGGGAACCAGGGCGACCGGGUAAACCGGGACCUAGGGGCCCACCGGGCGAGCCGGGACCCCCUGGUCCUAGGGGUCCACCGGGAGAGCGCGGCGACGUUAAAUUAUCAUUCCCUGCGCUGACCGGAGCUGCAGGGGGUGACAACAGCGAGACAGAGGGGGUUAACUCCACUGCGAGCGGUUUCAGGAUCGCUUUUUACGUCGGUCUGAAAAAUCCGCACGAGGGAUAUGAAGUGUUAAAGUUUGACGACGUGAUUACAAACUUGGGGAACCACUACGAUCCGAGCACCGGGAAGUUCACCUGCCAUGUGUCCGGGAUCUAUUUCUUCACGUAUCAUGUGCUGAUGCGGGGAGGAGACGGGACCAGCAUGUGGGCCGACCUGUGCAAGAACGGACAGGUUCGAGCCAGUGCUAUAGCUCAGGAUGCAGACCAGAACUAUGACUACGCCAGCAAUAGUGCCGUGCUGCAUUUGGACUCUGGAGACGAGGUCUACGUCAAACUUGAUGGCGGCAAAGCUCAUGGAGGAAAUAAUAACAAAUAUAGCACCUUUUCUGGUUUUAUCUUAUACCCCGACUAAAUAUGCUGCAGCGCAUCCUUGGACAGUCACUGAAAAUAGUUUACAGCCAACAAUACCAUCGAUUAUGCCACAUUGACAGGCUUCAUCUGCAACUGUAUGUUCUGUUACUUCAGUCAAAGAUCCUUUCGUAUAUUUUUUUGAACUUAAGUUCACCUGGAGGCUGCCGUCAUUAGUGUGUAUGUGAUAUCUUAGUGUGAGGAAGUACAUGUUGUGGAUAAUUUAGAGCACGCCUGGGAGAAAAUAUUGCUUGAGCUCCUUUCUAAACUACUAUGGAAACAAUAGGCCUUAAGGCUUAGGCUAACAACUGGAAGCUUGCAGGCUGAGAGGUUCUAUUAAAUUGACAUGUAUAUUAAAAAUAUGUGAUAUUUCUAAGAUAAUGUAAAUUGAAUGCCAAAUAAGCAGUUUUCAGAGUACAAAUUAGCACGUAAUGUUUGUCCUUGAGGCCUGUCAAUAGCGUCACUGAAAGCAUUCAUGGCUAAAUCAAUUCAUUCAAUGAGUGCUGACCUUCCAAGGAACAGGAAGGAAAAAAGAAGGAAGCUACUGUAGUUGUGUUGUACAAUCCAGCUUUAUUUAACUUCCUCAGCCAGAUUAUGAGCCUCUCCAUGUAAAUUAUAGUUUGUGGAAAGUUAAAGGGGACCUCUUAUGUUCAUUUCCAGCGCCAUAUUUUAUUCUCACAUUCACGUAGAAUAGAUUUGCAUGAGUCAGUUAGAACUAAUUCUUAUUUAUCUAACGUUGGGCUGUGAUGCAGCCCCUCAGCUCAUCCUCAGUCUGAAACAAGCCAUUUUACCUACAUUCCAAGUCCCUUUAAGCCACCUUUCUUCUGGUUGGCUGCCCCUCAGAAACAGGUGGGUGGAGCUUCUGUGCUCACAGCCAGAGUUGUGUGCCUGUGAUGGUCAUCACGCAGAUCCAAGAGUAGAAAAAACUGUCAGAAACAAAGCUUUUAGAGCUAUCUGAAGUCUGAAUUUUUGACUCACGUGAAUUAUUUGGACAUUCACUGAUGUCAUUAUUUAAUAUUUUAGCCAUAUGCAUGACCACAAUCCACUAUUGUAACUAUGUGUGUGUGUGUGUGUGUGUGUGUGUGUGUGUGUGUGUGUGUGUGUGUGUGUGUGUGUGUGUGUUAACUGAAGCAUUAGUUUAUGUUACAGGUGCAACUAAGAAAUUAUUUUCUUGUUAGUGACUAAGCUAUGACACUAGCUUGCUACACUAGCUAGCUGUAGCUAUCAGUUAGCCCACUCAAAAGCUUGUAAAUAUUGUUUCCCCAACUUUAUUAAAAUUCUUUAUUGAAUGAGAUUAUGCACAAUAAUAAGGGAAAAUAAUGUCCAGGUUAGGUAAACAGCCUGGACAAAAUAUAAGUUUUUUUUUUGCUUUUUUUUUUGACUGAGCAGUACUAACAUGUCCCUGGCGAGCUAGCAUAAUUGUGGCUAGCCCACCGUAUAAAACAGUUUUCCACUUACAAAACUGAUUCCACCAAAACUCCUGACAAUUCUGAGCCACAUUACUUCUUUCUGCCCUUAUUUAUGUUUCCCUCUUGCUAACAACCAAGCACAUCACCACUAUGUGCGGUUAAACUGGAGCAGCAACUCAGAAGUAAGGUAUAUGAGUUUUACAUGUCCAUCUUAAAACAAUGGUAAGGCACCAAUAACCAUGUUAAAACUGUUACUUGUUAAUGUGUUAAGCCCUCCUGUUAAUACUGCUUUCAAAUGUGGUUUCAUUGUAAGUGACGGGGGGAGAUAUCAUGUAAAAAGUCAUCCCAGUGUUCAAUGUGGCUUCAGGAGUCGUAUACUUAUAUCACGUGUUUCUAUUCUUCCAGUCUAGAGUAGCACAGAAACACUUUAGAGAAACAGAAAGGAGGCGGGAACUAAAAAUACUGCAAAUUUUGAGGAUGUUUUGUGAUUAUGGAAGCCUGUCAUUAUGGACGGAUCUAAUAAUGGUCAGUAGGGACAGGAGGAAAUAUUAAAAUGUUUUCAUUGUUCAUUUGAGAAUUGUUUUAAGACAAACUUGAAAAAAAAAAUCCAUCCUUUAAAGAGAACUGCAGUACAUUAAACUCUUGAAACAGUGGAAAUCGCCAGAGCUGAAAGAUGUGGAAGACAUUCACUGUAACAAGGAAAUCUGUGGGGCUCUGAGUAGUGUCCAGUGUCUUAUCAGUGUCUUACAAAGUAACCAAUCACCACACAUGAAAGAUACCAAUGGAUGUCUCACGUCUGUUCUGUUUUCUUCUCAUUUGCAUCAAUAAAUACU